AUGUCCGCUCCAGCAGCUAACGAUGUCGUUUCUUUCAAGGACCGGGCAACGGCCGAUCAGGCCAAACCCCACAACGAUCUCCUUGUCAUCGAGUUGACGAUCCAGGACAUCGACGUAGCGAGAGUGUUGGUCGACAACGGAUGCUCGGCCAAUAUUAUCUACAAAAGCACCCUCGAAAGAAUGGAGAUCGAUCUGUGCGCCGUUACGAAAAGACCCAGCCCGAUAUUCAGACUCUCGGGAAAUGCUACUAUGACUCUCGGCUCGAUCGACCUUGUUGUUAAUGCCAGGAGCGUCAUGAAAGUCACGGAAUUCUUAGUCAUCGACCGUCCAACAUCGUACAACGCGAUCGUCGGUACUCCAUGGCUGAAUUUCAUGCGAGCGAUCCCUUCGACAUUCCAUCUGUGCCUUAAGUUUCCAACCCCUCGUGGAGUCGAAACUAUACACGGAGACCGCAAGAUGUCGCAAAAAAGAAAGCUGACUCUCGAUGAGAACGCCCCGGAACGAGACUCGGAAGUCUUCUGGCAAUCUCAAAGGGCGGAAGCCCUAGAAGGAAAGCGCGAACCGACUUACGAACCGGUAAUUUCGAUCUGCCUCGACCUAUCCUCUCCGGAACGAUGCGCCGAGAUUGGAGCCAACCUCCGCGAGCCACUAAAGACAGAGCUCAUCGCCUGUCUCAAAAAGAACCUCAAUCCGUUCGCUUGGGCCGCAAAAGAAAUGCCAGGGAUUGAUAUCAGCAUAAUGUGUCAUGAGCUUAACAUCGAUCCGACCUACAGACCCGUCAAACAAAAAGGCGGAAGCAAGGACCGGAGCAUGCCACCGCGGUAA